GAGGGGAGGGGGCGAGGAGGAGGAGACGGAGCGAAGGAGGGAGCCCGCUCUCUCUCUCUGUGUGUGCGUGUGUCUGUCUGUGUCUCCAUCGCGCCGCUUCUCUUGCGCGCUUGCAGCCACCGGGGCGAGGAGGGCAGGGCGGCUGGGCUGCUGGCUGCUUCCCCGCACCCCCCUGGGAGCGCUCCAAUGCCUGGACCGACCCAAGCGCUGUCCCCAAAUGGAGAGAACAACAACGACAUCAUCCAGGAUAACGGCACCACCAUCAUCCCUUUCAGGAAGCACACGGUGCGAGGGGAGCGCUCCUACAGUUGGGGGAUGGCGGUCAACGUGUAUUCUACCUCUAUAACCCAAGAGACUAUGAGCAGACAUGACAUCAUUGCAUGGGUGAAUGACAUAGUAGCUUUAAACUACACAAAAGUCGAACAGCUAUGUUCAGGUGCAGCUUACUGCCAAUUCAUGGACAUGUUAUUCCCAGGGUGUAUUAGCUUGAAGAAAGUAAAAUUUCAAGCCAAGUUGGAACAUGAGUACAUUCAUAACUUCAAACUUCUCCAAGCAUCAUUUAAAAGAAUGAAUGUGGACAAGGUUAUUCCAGUGGAGAAAUUAGUAAAGGGACGCUUCCAAGACAACUUGGAUUUCAUACAGUGGUUUAAGAAAUUCUUUGAUGCUAAUUAUGACGGGAAAGAGUAUGAUCCAGUGGAGGCUCGGCAAGGUCAAGAUGCAAUCCCACCCCCCGAUCCUGGUGAACAGAUCUUUAAUUUGCCCAAAAAAUCUCAUCAUGCAAACUCCCCUACAGCAGGUGCUGCCAAAUGCAGUCCUGCUUCAAAACCAGGCUCUACCCCAUCUCGUCCGUCAUCAGCAAAAAGAACACCACCAAGCAGCUCAGUGGCUAAAUCUGAUAAAGAUUUGGAGACACAAGUCAUACAGCUCAGUGAGCAGGUACAUUCAUUAAAACUUGCACUUGAAGGUGUGGAGAAGGAAAGGGAUUUCUAUUUUGGAAAGUUAAGGGAGAUUGAACUUCUCUGUCAAGAACACGGGCAGGAAAAUAAUGACCUUGUCCAGAGGCUAAUGGAAGUUCUUUAUGCUUCAGAAGAUCAUGAGGGCCACACAGAAGAACCUGAAGGUGAGGAACACGUUCAUGAACAGCCGCAACAACCGGAAGAGUACUGAUCACCUGGCACAUUUGCUACUUUUAAUUUUCUGUGGGAACUUUCUUCUGAAGAAUGGAACGUGUGUGGCCUAAGACUUGAAACCAAUCACUCUCAAUCUGCCGUUAACAUAAAUUUACCAUAGGGAGUGUCAGCCAGCUGCUGCAUUCUAUACCCAUCCUUUGCCAAGAUGUGUUUGCAGAAGUCUUCUGUUGGGGUAUGCACCUAAGAAGAUCUCCGGGCUUUGCCCCCAAUUUCUGCCACCGCAACUUCACUAUUUGGCUGCUUGAGAUUUGUUCAGCUUUUUAAAAUAUAUAUAUAUAUAUAUAAAUAUAUAAUAUAUAUUUAUUUUUCCUUUUGUCUUAAGUAUGAUACAUUUCUAAUUUGUUCAGAACUAUUUAUAUGGACAUCUCUUUUGACAAAAAAGUCGUAUUCUGUUAGUUUUUACACAUUUCAUGGUAAUUCAGUACACUAUACACAUACAUUUGGUCAAAAUGUGCGAAGGAGGGGAAUCAAAUUGUACUCGAUUUAUUCUUGUUCCUGUUUAUUAUAACACAAAAGGAAUGGUCAUUUUCCGAAUUAAAUAAUAGCAAAAACAUUAUGCAUUGUGUUCCUCCUAAGGUUUUGAACACCAAAGCAUGUUAGAAAGCUGCACAGUAUGUUUUAUUUCUGGAAGAUGCAUACAUGCCUGUCUAGUUAUUACGCUUUGUGACACUUCUCUUGUGACUACUCGAAACGUUCUUCCUAUUUCGCUUCUAUAUUCAGUGUCUGUUGUUUCAAGUCUAUGAAAAUCUACACUAUUUCUGUACCUGCUAAUGUGGUUGGGUUCAGAACUCUCACUGCUGGAAAUAGGGAUUAUGAGAACCAACCACUUUCCCUUUCCUUUUUGCGUAUGUUGAGGAUGAACACAUUUUGUUUUGUUGUUUACCAUAGGAUUAAGAAUGCCAAAAUAUGUAUUAGUACAAUCAUAUCUAGCUUUUUCUCUCUCUGAAGUUCUUACAAAACAAUUUUGAAAUCUAGUAUUCAAUCAGCAUCUUCUUUUUAUCAUAGAUAUCAAUGCAAGUUUUUAGCCAUGGUUUGGAAGGUAAAACACACCACCAGGGCAUGAGAUGAGUGUGGGUCUUUGGCUUUUCAUUAUGAUUGAAUAGGUAUGGAAGGUGCAGAGACAAUGGUUAACUGACAAAAACACUCAUUGCCUUGUGUGUCUAGUAUUACUAUUCCUGUUAAACCUGCACUUAGGUAAUGCCUUUUUAUAAUAGAAAUAUAGCAAAUCAUGUGUUAAAAUAUUCCUUAUUUCUUAAAUUUCACAUUUUCUCAGUCUAGUUCUAGUGGGGUUUUUAAUUUGUAGUUUUUCUGGUUUGCUCUUUUAUUCAAAUUUCCAACUUGACUGGUUAUUUGGCAGUCAAAGGCAUGUACACUAACAGAAUCAAUUAGAACAUAAAUUGACAAGUUACUGAAGGUUUCCCUGUGUUCUGAACUUAAUGGCAUUGAUAAAGGAUGGAUUGUAUGUUUAUGUCUUCGUGCAAGGAUCUCAUGCAUCUUUCAAGAAAUUAUUUAUUCCUACAGAAGUCUCUUGGAACAAGAGUGACUCUUGUUUAGUCGCAACUCAGGCAGCAUAUGCAUUGAUUUUAAACAUUUGAUCAAAGUUUCAUCUCUUUAGAUUUACAGACUGUCACUGACCUCUUCAGGCUUGAAGGGCUUAUACAGCUUGCCCCAAUCCCAUACCACCUUAACCAUUAGAAAGUCAAAUUUAUUUCUUGUAAAUCAUCUUUUAUUUUUGUUAGCAGAAGUGAUUUGGUUUCACUUAAAGGCUUUAUACAUAGAGGAAUUAAAGAACAGAGUUUCUUUCAGGAGGAUGUAGUAUAUUGUCAUGAUCCAACAGAGAAAGAAGUUAUAUAUAUUCUGUUUUAAAAUGUCCAUGAUUAUUAUUAGUUAUACUGCUUUCCAAAUGCCCAUUGUGAUCAAAGGGAUCUUUGGGCAGUAAGAAAAUUACUGAAUCAGCCUUUAAGCACCUCUCCAUCACCACCGAUGCAGGUGUAUCUGUGCUUCUCUUCCCUCUUGAACAUAUUUUGAGAUCACUUCCUUUUGAAGCGCUUUCAGGGCUUUUCUGGGUUUCUUUGUUCCAAGAGAAAGUUCCCAUCAAAGCCUCUUUGCCCCUUAGUCCUGUCACUUAGACUUCUUUGUGUGUGAGAGGGAGGGUGGGAGGAAGGGGAAUGUGCCCCGGAUUUGUAUUUGUGUGUGUGUGUAACUGAUAUGUGGAACAGUUUCCAUGCUCCACCUUUUUAUUAGUGCUUUGGAGGAACAAAGUGGCUGGCCUAGGAGGCAAAAGGAGAUAAAAUAUAUAGAUGGGUUGGAUCCAGGUUUAGGCAUGUGUAACUGAACUGACAGAAGCAGGCCUGCACCCUACCCUACCCUAUCCUCUCCUUCACAUGGCAAUCCCUCGAGUCCCUGAAAUUGUUACCCCAGAGGGACAAGAAAACUUCCCAAACAGGGUACGUUAUGUUAUGUGGGCAGGUGGGUUUGUGAUACCCUAAAAUGGAGCCAAGGGACCAUUUAUAGGUAGAGUACCUCCACCGACAUGAGAUGGGUAAUUUAUGGACUUUGCGGAGUUGCUGAACUGGAUCUUCCAGCAUUAGUUAGCAUUAGCUGUACCAGGCCAACAACAUCCAUAGGCAGAUCCCAGAUCCAACCCAUAGAUAUAGGUAUAUAUGGAUUGAGAGAGCCUGAUCCGCUCAGUUGUGCUGAGGGGAGUGAGAGAUACUGGAAAGGGAAAAAGGGCUUCCCCUCCCCCCGUGGUGAGUAAACCUGUUAUUCCGUUAUGUUUUUAAUAUGCAUUUGUAAUUACUUUUACUAAAUAGCACACCAUAAAGCUUUGGUUAUAUAUUAAAUGUAAACUGAAAGGAAUGUAAACAUAUGUAUUGUUAAUUAUAAAUAGAUAAGUAAUGACAUAUAGAUGCAAAAAGUCUUAUUCAGAUGUAUCGAUCAUUUUGCGUUACCCACCAAUUGUCGCAUGAUAGAGUAGACUUUUUUUGGUCUCUGAAUAUGUGAAUAACUUGACUUGCGUUUUAUCUUUUUACAUAUUUAAUAAAAAAAAUAUGUUGCAA